CGCCGCGGCUCUUCUCGCCGGGCUGCCGAGCGGCCAGCAGCAGCAGCAGCAGAAGGAGAGGAGGAGGAAUAGCAAGAGAAAGAGCGCGGGUACCCUCUUGACCCUCUUCUCCCCGGGCGGAGGGGCCGCACCUUCCCGCAAAGCAGUGACAUAAAGACCUGUCAUAGAGGGGAUAAGAAAGAAGGAAAAGAAAAAGGAUAGACCAUCUUGCUCAGAAGUUAUUUGUACAAAGGUGUUGCUUGAGAGUCGAGUGAGCAGUUCUUUGUAUUUUCUUUGAAGGAUCAAUAUUUCAAGAUGCAUGAAGCAGAAGGGUCUGACUGACAAGCUGCCUUGAUACACUGUUAUUCUAACUAUGACUGGAUUGACUGAAAGUUGCCUCAAAGAGUUUCUUGUCUAUAUUUACAUAACUAUUGCAAGCUACCUAGUCUGAUGAAGUUGAACUUCAUUCUUCAAGUGUGAUUUACGCAGUACAGCCUAAAAUCAUGAUGAAAAAGAAGAGCAUACCUGCAAGUAAACCUUUCUUGAUCCUCUUUCUGUGCCAAAUUAUUUCUGCAUUGGACGUACCUCUUGACUCAAAACUUCUAGAAGAAUUGUCACAACCUCCUACGAUAACUCAUCAAUCUCCAAAAGAUUACAUUGUUGACCCUCGAGAGAAUAUUGUAAUACAGUGUGAAGCCAAAGGAAAGCCACCUCCUAGCUUCUCCUGGACACGCAAUGGAACUCAUUUUGAUAUAGAUAAAGAUGCACAGGUAACAAUGAAACCAAAUUCAGGGACCCUUGUCAUAAAUAUUAUGAAUGGUGGGAAGGCAGAAGCAUAUGAAGGAGUAUACCAGUGUACAGCAAGGAAUGAACGAGGAGCAGCCAUUUCCAACAAUAUUGUUAUAAGGCCUUCUAGAUCGCCUUUGUGGACCAAAGAAAAACUAGAACCACAUCAUGUUCGCGAAGGUGAUUCACUAGUACUGCACUGCAGACCUCCUGUUGGCUUACCACCACCUAUAAUAUUUUGGAUGGAUAAUGCUUUCCAAAGGCUGCCUCAAAGUGAAAGAGUUUCCCAAGGUCUAAAUGGAGAUCUUUAUUUUUCUAAUGUACAACCAGAAGACACCCGGGAGGACUAUAUCUGCUAUGCAAGAUUUAAUCAUACACAAACUAUACAGCAGAAACAACCCAUUUCUGUAAAAGUCUUUUCAAUGGAUUCAUUGAAUGACACUAUAGCUGCUAAUUUGAGUGACACUGAUAUUUAUGGUGCGAAGCCAGUUACAGAGAGGCAGCCAGUUCUUCUAACACCUACAGGUAGCACGAGUACCAAAGUGGAACUCAGAGGAAAUGUGCUUUUGUUGGAGUGCAUUGCAGCAGGAUUACCCACACCGGUAAUCCGCUGGAUUAAAGAGGGUGGGGAACUGCCAUCCAACAGAACAUUUUUUGAAAAUUUUAAGAAAACUCUCAAGAUUAUAGAUGUUUCUGAAGCUGACUCUGGGAACUACAAGUGUAUAGCAAGAAAUACACUGGGUUCAGUUCAUCAUGUCAUUUCAGUAACCGUGAAAGCUGCCCCAUACUGGAUAACAGCACCCAGAAACUUGGUCUUGUCUCCUGGAGAAGAUGGGACAUUGAUCUGCAGAGCUAAUGGCAACCCAAAGCCUAGUAUAAGCUGGUUAGCAAAUGGCGUUCCCAUAGCAAUUGCCCCAGAAGAUCCUAGCAGAAAGGUAGAUGGUGACACCAUUAUUUUCUCCCACGUGCAAGAAAGAUCAAGUGCUGUCUAUCAGUGCAAUGCUUCUAAUGAAUAUGGAUACUUGCUAGCAAAUGCAUUUGUGAAUGUUCUGGCUGAGCCACCGAGAAUUCUAACUCCUGCUAAUAAGCUGUAUCAAGUCAUCGCAGAUAGUCCUGCAUUGCUAGACUGUGCUUAUUUUGGGUCACCUAAGCCUGAAAUUGAAUGGUUUAAGGGAGUGAAAGGUAGCAUCUUGCGUGGAAAUGAAUACGUUUUCCAUGAUAACGGAACCUUGGAAAUUCCGGUGGCUCAGAAAGAUAGUACUGGUACAUACACAUGUGUAGCAAGGAAUGAAUUAGGAAAGAUACAAAAUGAGGUGCACUUGGAAAUUAAAGAUCCAACAAUGAUAAUUAAACAGCCAGAAUACAAAGUGGUUCAGAGAUAUGGCCAAGUGUCAUUUGAGUGUAUAAUAAAACAUGAUUCUACCUUACUACCAACAGUUAUAUGGUUGAAGGACAAUGAUGAACUUCCAGAUGAUGAAAGGUUUCUAGUUGGUAAAGACAACUUGACCAUUAUGAAUGUAACUGAUAAAGAUGAUGGAACAUACACUUGCAUAGUUAAUACUACUCUGGACAGUGUUUCAGCAAGUGCUGUGCUUACUGUUGUUGCUGCUCCCCCAACUCCAGCUAUCAUUUACGCUCGGCCAAAUCCACCCUUUGACUUGGAAUUGACAGGUCAGCUAGAAAGAAGCAUUGAACUUUCAUGGAUACCAGGAGAUGAAAACAACAGUCCCAUUACACACUUUGUAAUUGAGUAUGAAGAUGGGCUGCAUGAACCAGGAGUAUGGCAUUACCAGACAGAAGUUCCUGGAACUCAGACAACAGUACAGUUGAAGUUGUCUCCGUACGUCAACUACUCAUUCCGUGUGGUAGCUGUCAAUAAGAUUGGCAGAAGUCAGCCCAGUGAACCAUCUGAGCAGUACCUGACAAAAUCUGCAAGCCCUGAUGAAAAUCCUGCUAAUGUGCAAGGGAUAGGCUCAGAACCCGAUAAUUUGGUAAUAACAUGGGAGUCUUUAAAAGGUUUUCAGUCUAAUGGACCAGGACUUCAGUACAAAGUCAGUUGGCGCCAGAAGGAUGUUGAUGAUGAAUGGACAUCUGUUAUAGUUGCAAAUGUAUCUAAAUAUAUUGUGUCUGGUACACCAACUUUUGUUCCCUAUGAAAUAAAAGUACAAGCUUUAAAUGACCUGGGAUAUGCACCAGAGCCAUCAGAGGUGAUUGGACAUUCAGGGGAAGACUUGCCGAUGGUUGCUCCAGGCAAUGUGCAGGUUCAUGUUAUUAACAGCACAUUAGCAAAGGUGCACUGGGACCCAGUUCCACUAAAAACUGUCCGAGGACACCUCCAAGGGUACAAAGUUUACUACUGGAAAGUGCAGAGUCUAUCCAGAAGGAGUAGGCGGCAUGUAGAAAAAAAGAUCUUGACUUUCAGGGGAAACAAGACUUUUGGAAUGUUACCAGGGCUGGAGCCCUAUAGUUCUUACAAGCUGAAUGUUAGAGUUGUUAAUGGUAAAGGAGAAGGACCAGCAAGCCCAGACAAAGUAUUUAAGACCCCUGAAGGAGUUCCUAGCUCACCCUCCUAUUUGAAGAUUACUAACCCAACAUUGGACUCUCUGACUCUGGAGUGGGGUUCACCUACCCAUCCAAAUGGUGUUUUGACAUCAUAUAUACUGAAGUUUCAGCCAAUCAACAACACACAUGAAUUGGGUCCCUUGGUAGAGAUAAGAAUUCCUGCCAACGAGAGCAGCUUGAUAUUAAAAAACUUAAAUUACAGCACACGGUACAAGUUUUACUUUAACGCACAAACUUCAGUUGGAUCAGGAAGUCAGAUAACUGAGGAAGCAGUAACAAUUAUGGAUGAAGGUAAGAUGGCUGGUAUUCUCCAUCCUGCUGUAGUUGCAGGCAAAGGAUACUCAGAAAUCCUUUUUGCAACCUCCCCAGUCAUGCACACUGUCCGUCCAACAUUCUAUAAGGUUCAACCACUUUAUCCAAGGAUCAGAAAUGUUACAACAGCUGCUGCUGAGACCUAUGCCAAUAUCAGUUGGGAGUAUGAGGGACCAGAUCAUGCGAACUUUUAUGUUGAAUAUGGUGUAGCAGGCAGCAAAGAAGAUUGGAAAAAGGAAAUUGUAAAUGGUUCUCGAAGCUUCUUUGUCUUAAAGGGUUUAACACCAGGAACAGCAUAUAAAGUCCGGGUUGGUGCUGAGGGCCUGUCUGGUUUUAGGAGUUCAGAGGAUGUGUUUGAGACAGGUCCAGCAAUGGCGAGCCGGCAGGUAGACAUCGCUACUCAAGGAUGGUUCAUUGGUCUUAUGUGUGCUGUUGCUCUUCUGAUCUUGAUUUUACUGAUUGUUUGCUUCAUAAGGAGGAAUAAGGGUGGCAAAUAUCCAGUGAAGGAAAAGGAGGAUGCACAUGCUGAUCCAGAAAUACAACCUAUGAAAGAAGAUGAUGGAACAUUUGGUGAAUACAGGUCCAUGUCUGCUUGGACAGGAAAGAAACUGGACAAGGAAAAGAAAAGAAAAGGUAGCUGUGCCAAUUCUCCUGAAGCAGACCCUGUCUGUACCAAAGCAAAGUCUGUGAGAUCUGACAGAUCCAACUUCUUCAGAAGGUCAGGGGAUCAAUACUCCAGCACCAGAUCAGAGACCUCCUACACCAGGAGGAGGGCUAGGCAGUCUUCAGAGCUGACAAGGGUUAGUUGUGUCUCUGCUUCCCUCUGCCAAGAGGAAAAGAGGUCAGACGAAUGGAAGUACAGGCAUGGCUCUAGACAUCAUGCUUCUGAGCAAGUGAUAAUGGGGUCGGAGAAGGGCUCAGAUUCUCAGGCAGGACAGCCAUCCCCUUUCCAGCAACCCCUCAGCUGCAACUCAGUUGGCUCACUGGCAAGGCAGCAUUCUUCUCUCCAGCACUGGUGCAGCCAGACCCCAGACUGCAGCUCAGAUUCAGAAGACACUGAGAGCUCCUGCCCCAAGAAGGUAAGACCUUCUACUGCUCCUCACUUCUCUGAAUCUGAAAAGAAUUCACUUUUGAAAUCUGUAAUUGUGCCUGAGCUAGCUACUGUCUUAAAGGAUGCUUUGACAGCAGCCAGACAAAGUAUAACAUCUGUGGCACAGGUUAGGUCCCAUUCAGUAAAGCAUCCCAGGGUACCAAUUACAGAAGUUCCAGUGGCUCCUUUAGAAGCAUCUGGGAGCAGUUCCCAGACUUUUGAGUCUGACCGUAUGGACAGCUUAAAAGAUCAAACAGCUUUUGGGAAGGAGAAACCUGAGUUUGACGAGGCCUCCUUGGAGGUUGAGUCAGCCCAUGAAGAUGGGGAAGUGGCAUCUGAGUCCCCUACAGAAGAUAAAGAAGGACCAGAUCCUCUGCGUAAAUUUGACAUGGAGAAUCAGAAUUAUCUGUUCAAACACAUAAAGAGGGUGUUAAUGCUAAAAUCUUCCAAAUCUGAGUGUGCUUCAGAAGAACUGCUGAUCCCCUCUGAAGAAGGCAAGGUAAAUAAUGCACUUCCUAUCCAUUCAGCUGUGGAAGAUCUUGUCUGCAGGAUUUGGGGUAAUCCUGAGGCCAAGCAUGACGUCCCAGCAGUACUACAUAAACUCUAUCCUUUUCCAGGGGAUAAAGCUGCUUUGUGGGGGACCUUGCCUGAGGUAGACAGAGCAUUGGUUACUGGUGAUUCUGUACUGUCAGUGCCUGAUAAUAGAGAUGCGCUCUCUAAAGAUUCUACUGACAAAAAGAUUGAGGAAGCAAUUAAAAGAUCUUUCAAGCUAGUUGCAGCUCAGCUUGGAGUAUCUAUCUACUGCACUUAUGCUUCUAAGGCUUUACUUAUAUGGUUGGAGGAAGAACAAGCCAAAUUCAAAAAGAAACGGUUCCCAUCUGCUACCAUGCAGAGGAAACGCAGGCUAUGUAAAAUUGCAGCUAAUUUUAUCCAUGAUGCAGCUGAGGAUUCUCUUAGACUCACUGUUAAAAAUAUGGCAUGCCUCACUGUAGCCUGGAGAGCUGUACGGCUGCGUCCUUGGACCUCAUUGCUAGAUCUAAAAUGUAAACUGCUGUCUUUGCCAUACACAGGGGGCAAGCUAUUUGGUGAAUCCUUAGUCCAGAUCAUGAAGGAUUUCUCAGAACACAAAUACUCCUUACAUCAGAUGAAAAAAAAGAGCUCUGUUGGAAGCUCCUUUUCUUAUCCUCACAAGUGUCUGAGCUCCUUGCGUUCUCCUCCAAAGUUCAAAGGAGGGAAGGGAAAGUAUAAGGUCUCACAGUCAUUCCAUGCCAAGUACAAAAAGACAUCUCACUCUCAGAGAGACACCAGACCAUCAAGAGGAACUUUCUAAGAGCAUAGACUUGCUUCCUACUUUCUCAGGAACUGAGAAGAGUGAAAGAUGGAAAUGUUUCAAUAUUUCUGGACAAGUAAGCCCAGUCCUCAGAAAAUUAGUUGUUUCAAAAUAAAAUUAAAACUAUUAAGUUGCUUAGAUCUCGAUGAGUAAUUAAUACAUUCUAGAGAAAUGACAGCUCUUAAUUUUAGGGGAGGUUUUUUCACAUUCCAUGUCUAGGCUUCUCAGUGGUCUUUGGAUGGCUUGGAUUUGUUUGAAGUUUUGCACUCCUCAACUUCAUCUAAGAGCAUCCCUUCUGCAGGACCAGCCAACAUCAGAUUUUUCUGCCAUAUCAAACUAAAUAAGGAAAUAAUGGGUUAGGAAAUGCAGAUGUUUCAAGAACCGUGGAAUGACUGUGUACACUAUGUUCCUGUGACUGGAUUCCUUCACUUUCACAUAAUAAGGGAAAACAGUGCCUCUGUAGCAAACUGCAAUGAGAUAGUAAAUUGUGGACAGUCAGUGCUUACACCAACCAACUGCAAGAAACAGAAUAAGUAAGAUAGAUGUAUAUUUAUUUAAAUUAAAAUAGAAGAUUAUACAGAGCUCCUGUUCAGGUCUAUACAUCAGCCUAAUUUCCCUCCUGGUCCCUAAAUUGAGAGAUAUUAAGCAGUUAUAACAGCUACAGACCUAUGGGUUAAUAGGUAGGGACAGACUGGAAGCUUGCACUUUUUAGUUAACUACAAGGGCAGGACAAAAUUGCAGCAGUCUGCAGAAUGUUCUUAGGAAGACAAAACAGGACAAGGCAACUCCAAUAGUAGGACUGCUAGUGUGGUAACAAAGGAUGUUUGCACAUUUUUUUGAAUUACUUUGCCUCUUUUCUUCAACAUUUUGACACACACAGUAUCUUUCCUAGAAAUUCUUGGAAAUGCUACAAGAGACUUUCUGGCAGAGAGUUUUGAGAUUGCUAGAUAAUGUAUCACUCUUCCUUCUUGUUCUGGGUUGAUUAACAAUGAGAAUAUGGUUUGUAACUACAACUAUUUUUUUCUCUUGUACUUAAGUUUUAGUGCAGCUUGGGUGUGUUUCCAAAGAGACCUAGCCAUGAUUUGUGCCUCAGCACUGUAAUUCUAAGCUUGGUCCCUUCUAGCACAAGAGAUUAUCUCAGUGGACUGCCUGAAAAACUUAAUAGUCCAACUGGAUUUGGCACUAGUCUUGCUGUGUUCUAAAUUACACACAUGUGCUUUCUUUGACAGUUCUUAUUUUAAUUAUUGAGUAUCUGUAUGAUUGCUUUUUAAAUCAGUACUCGAUUUCCCUUCGUAUAAUUUUCUACCAGAAAUAGAAAGGGUGGAAAGUUGGUUAAAUUUCUCUCCAGCAGAUUUUUCUUUAAAAUUUUCACAAGGAGCAAGUCGGGUUCUUUGACUAACAACAUUUUUUUCAACACAUUACCAUUUAAACUAGAGCUUAACCUCCCAGUUUUUUCAGCUUCUACCAGGAUUGAAGAUUGAGUAUUACAGAGAUGUUAAAGAAAAACUACUCAGAAGACUAAUAUAGAUGUGCUUAAGUCUUAGCUAAAUAAGAAAUAGUAAAAUGGCUUGAUAUCUGGAUUGGUACACGUGCAUAAGUCUAUAGGGCAAGCAUUUGUCACCUGCACAGUCCUAACAAGUUAGAAGUGUGAGCAGAAACCUGUUAAGUGUUAGGGCAGAGAUUGCCCUGGAGUGUGCAGGGAAGCCCUAGUGAAAGGUACUUCUGUGGCUUUACAUGACUGCUUAUACUGCAACAUUUCUGGGCUAUUGACCUGAGGGCACAGAAAAAGGAAUUUACUGCCAACAGUUUUCAUCUGCAUCCUCUUUCUGCGUUCCAUAGCUCAGGAUGUUCUAUCCAUUUUGUUUGGUUUAUGUUGCCUUUGAUAUGACAGUUAUGUUAUAAGGAAAAGUAGUAUAUUGCUAACUGUAUAUUGAGUCUUUUUGCAUGUCCAUGAAUGUGGCAAAGUUUAGUGGGAACUAGUUGCCUGCUGGACUGCAGAGGCAUCGUAAAACUGUCUUCCCCAUUCUGACUGGUUGCUGCAUGUACCCAUAUCUAAGGAAGAAAAAUUGAAAAGUUGAAAGAAGAAAGGAGAUUUCAAGUGAUGCAGAGGACCAUAAACCUCUAAAAAAAGGAAGCCGGACACCUUCAGACAGAACUGUGAAAAAAGAAGACAGUGAUGAUAG